AUGUGCAAGUUAAACAGCAUCUUGGAGACUCUCGAAUUCCUGAUUUUAGUAGGAUAUUACUACUUUGAGGCUUUCAUUCUGUUUAUUUGUCCUCCAUGUAAAAAGAAUGUUGCUGGUGAAAUAGUGCUUAUUACAGGAGCUGCAAAUGGGAUUGGAAGGCAGAUUGCCUUAAAUUUUGCUCGUCUUGGGGCUACCCUGGUUUUCUGGGACAUUGAUGAAGAUGGUAACAAAGAGACGAUUAAACUGGCCAAAGAAAAUGGAGCCAAAGGAGUUUAUGCCUACAGGUGUGACUGCAGCAAUAGGGAAGAAGUCUACAGAGUGGCAGAUCAGGUUAGAAAAGAAGUUGGGGAUGUUAAUAUCCUAGUCAAUGAUGCAGGCAUAGCAAAUGUGAAAACAUUUCUUGACCUUCCAGAUGCUGAUAUGGAGAAAACUAUAAGGGUGAACAUCAUGGCCCAGUUCUGGACUUGCAAAGCCUUCCUUCCAGCUAUGAUUGCCUGUAACCGUGGACACUUGGUUAGUAUCUCAAGUGGAACUGGACUUAUUGGUGCCAAUAAACUGACAGAUUAUAGUGCAAGUAAAUUUGCAAUAAUUGGCUUUCUGGAGUCAUUAGCUUUUGAGUUGCAGGCUGCAGGAAAGAAAGGCAUUAAAACCACCAUCGUCUGUCCUUCUUUCAUAAAUACAGAAUUAUCUACGGGUAUUCGUGUCUCGAGGCCACUUUUACUUCCUAUUUUGGAUGUAGAGUAUGCAGGCAGGAAGAUUGUGGAUGCAAUUCGCGAGGAGAAGUUUUAUGUGUUCAUGCCUCUGACCAAUUGCAUUUCUGCUUUGAAAAACUUUGUACCUAAGAAAGUGCUACUCCUUGCUGUAGAGUAUGCUGGUAUUUUCAACAAUCUGGAUGGUGUCCGAGACCGGAAGAGAAGGGACCAAAACCACACUGCUCCGAAGAUGUCCGAUACCAGCUAA